GGAUCUGGGAUACCGCUGGUGAUUUCCGGGUUGGAGCAUUUUCAUGUCAAGUACGCGACGGAAAUCAAACAGAAAAGGCCAUCACAUUCAAGAUGAAAUCACAGGCCGAUGUCUGGCCUGUGGCCUUCACAGUAACCGCCAGCCUAGGAGACCCCGUGACGCUACAGAUGGUGCAGAGGUCCAGUAGGACCGGUACCAUUGUGUGGAGGAAGGGAGGGGCCGGAGGGACUGUCCUGAUCGGGCAGAACGGCCUUAACCUGACCAUAGCCAGUGUCCAGUCUUCAGAUGAGGGGAUCUAUGAGUGCUACUAUCAGGAGGACACUGAAAGAAAACAGGGCAUCAUGAGGCUCAUUGUCAGAGGUUGUGCUGAGAACAAGUGGGGUCCACCCUCCUGUACCGCUGACUGUCCCGUGUGCUACAACGGCGGUGUGUGUGACGACAACACGGGGGAAUGCGUCUGUCCUCCGGGGUUCCAUGGGCACAACUGUGAAAGGGCAUGUGCGAAUGGCAAGAUCGGCACAAGCUGCACGAGAGAGUGUGACGGUGGAGACUGUACGGGCCAGCUGCUGUGUGUGAUGGACCCGUACGGCUGUUCCUGCGCACCUGGACUCAUGGGCAUAGAGUGUAAUACUGUUACUGUCUCCUACGUAUAUAUAUACGAGGAUCUCUUCACCAAGGAGGAAGGUCGCUACUUUGGCAGUACUGCUGACAACAUAACGGCAUACAGCGGCAUAGACGCAGAAGAGUGUGCCCGUCGCUGUCUGCAAGGAUACGGCAGCUAUGAUGGCGUCAACCCAAACUGUCUGUCAUUCAACCAUCGCCCUGCCGGAUCGCCAGAGGGCGGCAGUGCACGGUGUUGGCUCAGUAGUUCUGACAAGGACACGGUGACAUCUCCUGGUCCUGAGUGGGACAGUUGGCCUUACCGAAACUACCACCAGAGGAAACAUUGUACUGACGUGUUCGCACUCGGGAUUCGGCACAGUCAUGUUUACACCAUCGGCCACCCUCAACCAUUCCAAGCCUACUGUGACAUGGUCACUAAUGGCGGUGGGUGGACGGUCAUACAGCGGCGACAGGACGGGUCUGUACCGUUUAACAAGACUUGGACUGAGUACGAGCAGGGGUUCGGUAAUCCUAGUGGAGAAUACUGGCUGGGAUUGGGGAACAUCCACAGCCUGACGACACAGAAACAAAACGAACUGUACGUGUACCUGGAAGACUGGGAAAUAAACAGCCGGUUUGCGCGGUACAGCACGUUUUCUGUGGGAGAUGCCAGCAGCAAGUACACGGCAACGAUCGAUGGGUACAGCGGGGAUGCUGGUGAUAGUUUGGACCCGCCGACUACACGUCACAGCAUCAACAACAGACAGUUUUCUACAACAGAUCAAGAUAACGACGGUGUCAGUAGUACCGACUGUGCGGGUACAUUCGGACAAGGAGGCUGGUGGUACACUCCAAGUUGUGGUUACGCCUUGUUGAACGGACAGUAUCUGACAGGUUGCUCAUCUCAUCAUUCAGACCGUGCCAGAAUGGUGGAGCCCUCACGUCAGGACCUGUUGAGUCAGGACUAUAUAUCUGCACAUGUGCACACGGAUGAAAGUCCUAAAGACGUGACAGUGAGCGUCACCACAGUGAACUCUACAACCCUCCACGUUACCUGGACGGUAGGAGUAUCCGGUAACCUCAGCAUCAUCGACUCCCAAGUACGCUAUAAACAGAGUGACACAGAGGACUGGGGAUCAUGGACGUCAGCUGGAGCUUCUAUUGGGGCGGGCGAUGUCUACAUUCACAACCUACGACCAGGAGCCAUGUACGAUGUUCAAGUGCGGAUGAACACCUCGUUAGGGUGGAGUGAUCUCAACAGUGGGACAGGAACUACAGACGAAACACCUCCCGGUCCUCCCCGCAAUUUGGCUGCCCUACCAAUCUCACACAACUCUGUCAACCUGACCUGGGAUCCUCCGAUAGAACCCAACGGCAAUAUCCACCAACCUGUACCUGUUUCUGCUAUCGUUGGCGGCAGUGUGUCUGCUCUGCUGGUGGUUAUUCUGGUGACAGUGGGGAUAGUUUGUUAUAGAAGAAGGAACCACGAAGGCGACCGGGACUCUACCGAUCCUCAGAUAGACCUGACGAUAAUCACGGAAAACGAACCGUCCAUAGAUGAAUCAGUUGAGAAUCCUGCAGCAAUAGUAGAAGACCUUUCACCGUAUGACACGACUAUUUACAGCAUCGUAGACCUCGUCACUGUUGACGACGUAGUGGACUUCCUCAUAGCCAAGGGGCUUGGCCAGUAUGCUGCAGCAUUCAAGCGGCACAAAGUAGACGGGGAAGGAGCCAUGUCGCUAACCAGUGACAUGCUUGCUGAGCUCGUUCCUCAGAUCGGGCCGAGGGCAAAACUGCAGAAGUCCCUUCAAGAGCUGAAGGACAAUCAGGAGUCUGCUAAAGGAAGCAGACCACUUCACCCUGGCUGGGAAAUCUCCCGUUCUAGCCUGAAGCUCGGUAAAAUCCUGGGGAAGGGACAGUUUGGAGAAGUUCGUAUGGGGGAGCUGAGGAAGAGAGGCAUCACCCAGACUGUGGCGGUUAAGACACUGAAAGCUUUCUCACAGGAAAAGGACAAAGAGGACCUCAUUGGAGAGCUGGACAUUCUGGUCACAGUCGGUCGUCAUGACAACAUUAUCAGUCUGGUCGGUGCAUGCACGGUGGGAGGUCCGCUGACACUUGUGGUUGAGUACGCACCCAACGGAUGUCUGAAGGACUGGCUGAGAAACAACCGUCCUACGGAGAUGAACCGGACAGACAACAGAAACAACGGGAUUCUGUUGCCGAUGGAACAACUGAUCACGUUUGGUAUAGACAUAGCAAAUGGGAUGACUCACCUGGCUUCCAUGCAGUGUGUCCACCGUGAUCUUGCCGCCAGGAAUGUGCUCCUUGGGAAGGACCUGACGGCCAAGAUCUCAGACUUUGGUCUGUCACGGGAUAUCUACGAGGAGUCUGAGUACGUCACGAGCACACAGAGCCAGCUACCCAUCCGGUGGAUUGCAUACGAGUCCCUAUUCUACCAGGUGUACACCACCCAAAGCGAUGUAUGGUCCUUUGGAAUCCUCAUGUGGGAGAUCAUGACAAUGGGUAAACAGCCGUACGGCAGGAUGACAGGCAAAGAGCUUAUGGAGCUUCUCCCAAGUGGCUACAGGCUGGAGAAACCCGCUCUAUGUCCUCAAGAUGUUUACGAAGUGAUGAAGAGCUGCUGGGAAACUCUUCCUGAGAACAGACCAACUUUCCCGGAGCUAAAGGCAACUCUGGAUCGGAUUAUUCAAGAUCACAAGACGUAUGCCUCAUUGCUAAAUUAGGAAACUACAAGGGAAGAGAGCGAAAGAGGAGAAUCUUUUUGCCAAGAAGGAAACAUUAUAUAUUCUUAUUUGUAGAUAACGUAGGACCAGAAUACAAGGCUUGUUUGUUGAUUGUAACCAGGAAUAUGAAGUAUACGGAAUUUAGUUUAACUGAACUAAAUCGUACAUUGCGUACCGAAGAUAUUAAUAACAAGAGUUCCACGAUCUCAUACCUUCGGCAAAAGAUGUUAACCCUUCCGUUUGACGAAUUAUACAAUUUUAAUCAUUUGCAUGGAUUACAUCAGUUGAUAAUAUUCUCCACCAAACGACAGCCUUAUCUUUACAAAAAAGGCUAUUCUAGCACUUCUUCAUAAAUUAUGCAAAUGAGGUCAUAACGUGAAUAAAUUCUCUUCAUUGAUGUUUAGCUCCAACUAACUUCCAACUGUGAAAUUAUAACAAUUUUCCAUUACUUAUGUAA